AUGGAGUCAAUUUGCGAUGGAAAAACAAUCACACUACAUAAAAUUUUAUCAAAGCCUGCGAAGAGAAUCGAAAUCAAAGGAGGCGGGAUGGGAUGGAUAUACAAGCCCGCAAAAAGAGAGGAGAAGAAGGUAGAAACAAAGCAAAAAGGGUGUGUCGACAAAUCCAAUGGAAAUGGGACAGAGGAAAAAGCCGACGAUUCUUCCUUUCUAAAUCUAAAUCUUAAAAUAAAUAAAUAA